UCUCGUUAUUUUCUCAUCGAUGUUAUUGGCUAUAUUUCAAUGUCAGUACUUUUAACGAUCUCAUGUUACUAUAGAGACUGACUGUCAGUUACCUUUUUCUUUCCAUUUCUGUCUUCUCUGUAUAAAACACGAUGCCCACGACCUGACUGUGAAAAGUCCUGAAUGAAAAUCCAAUGUCAAAAUCCACAGCAGCCUCUCUUUCCACUCCAAUCUCAGCCUAUAACAAGAAGAAAAACCUCUACUCCAUGAAAGAGUGAAAAAUCAAUAACCAUUCAAAGCAAAAUGGCACAAGAAAUAGAACCCAGAUCUCAAAUUCAGUCCCUCUUCCUUCUCCUACUGGUUUUGAUUCCAACCGCUGCCUUGGCCUUUGGCUCCAUGGGCCCGAUCGCUGCUGCGUUUGGCGAUCCCCAUGGAUUCUUCUGUGCGAUUGAAGCCAGUGGCAAGCAGGAGGUUGUCUGCUGGGAGAAGAAUGGAUCGACCCAGUCCGCCCAGGCGUUUUUUAGCUCUAUCCCCCCCAUGGCUGCUCUCUCUGGAGGGGAUGGGUUCAUGUGCGGGCUCUACGCCGAGACAUCCCGGCCCUAUUGCUGGAAUUCGAGAAAUUCAGGUACGGAUCUUGUCCCCGAGAACUUCCAGAACUCUACCUAUUCCUGCAUCGCUGCUGGAAAGAACCACGUCUGCGCUGUUAAAGGAUCUUACUAUGACUUGAGAUCGGAUUCUGGCAUGGAUUUUGGAAAUGUCGAUUGCUGGGUUAUCAAUGGAAACACUACUGCUUCGAGUUCUGGUUCCAAAUCAUCCGAUUUUAGUCCACCCGUGAAAAAUCUCGCUUUUGGUGAGAUUGUUUCUGGCCAAGGCUUCACCUGUGGUGAAAGUCGGGAACUGGGUUUUCUCUGCUGGGGCCCAAAUUCGAAGAACUUGGGAGUUUCAGCGGUAUCUGGGAGUUUAGUGUCUGUGGCUUCCGGAAGGAAUUCUGUUUGUGCAAUUUUGAGAGAUUCCGGUGAGGUGAGAUGUUGGGGUGAGGCAGCAUCAUUUGUCCCUUCACCUCCAACUGGGACCCGUUUCGUCGGCCUGGCUGCUGGUUCCCACCAUUUUUGUGGAAUCAGGGAAGACGAUCAUGGGAUUGAGUGUUGGGGGAAUUUCAAUGAGUCAUCAGUUCCAAAGGGUUCUGGAUUCUUGGUGAUUGCUGCAUCAGAUUUCACCACUUGUGGUGUUAGGGAAGACGAUCUGAUACUGGAUUGCUGGGGUGGGGGUGGGUUGUUGCCGUCAUCAUCAUCAUUGGAUUAUAGUCCUCCAUUGCAGCUGUGCAGUCCCGGGCUUUGCACGGCUGAGCACUGUGGUGAGGGGGAGUUCUCGUUCAAUGUUAGUGCAUUGAACGUUCCAGAUUUGGCGAGUCUGUGUGUCCACACGGACCUUAGGAUCUGCUCCUCAUGCGGGUCAAAUUGUUCAGAAGGCUUCUUUACAUCAAGCGUCUGUGGGGAAAAUGCAAAUCGGGUGUGCACAGCUUGUUCCCUUUGUCAGAACAGCACUUGUUGGGAUAUCUGUGGGUUUUCUUCGACUGAUUCUGUAGGGGUGAAGCAAAGGAAGCAAUGGGUGAAGAAACUGGUGAUUGCCAUUGGUUCUUCUGUCUUGGGUUGUUUUGCACUGGUUUUAAUCGGGUGGUGUCUUCUACCUCGUUUGAUCUUAGCAAGAGAAGGGAGAAGGACGGGGAAAAGCCAGUGCACAAUGUGUGUGGGUAACAUGGAGAAAGAUGCUGACAACAAUCCUGAUCCAGAGCCCGUGUUUCCUGUGCUUGACAUUGCAGCCCAAGUGUUUCGCCUUUCAGAACUCAAGGAUGCCACCAACAGUUUUAAGGAAUUCAACGAGCUGGGCAGGGGAAGCUAUGGGAUUGUGUACAAGGCCAUUCUCUCUGACGGGCGGCAGGUUGCAGUUAAGAGGGCCAAUGCAGCAACCAGAAUUAAUAGCAACAGCAGGGACUUUGAAGCGGACUUGGAGAUAUUGUGCAAGGUUCGGCACUGCAAUCUCGUGAACUUGUUGGGUUAUUGUGCAGAGAUGGGCGAGAGGCUCCUUGUGUAUGAGUACAUGCCUCAUGGCACGCUUCACGACCAUCUCCACAGUGGGCUUUCACCUCUCGACUGGAAUCUGAGGUUGAAGAUAUCAAUGCAGGCGGCGAGGGGGCUCGAGUAUCUUCACAAGGAUGCCGUGCCUCCAAUUGUUCAUCGGGAUAUCAAGGCAUCAAACAUACUCUUAGACUCUGAGUGGGGAGCUCGUGUUGCAGACUUUGAACUCUUGAGCACUGGCGAGAGGGCUCUUAACGGGGAAUCAGUAUAUGUCGACCCAGGCUAUCACAAAACGCAGGCGUUCACUGAGAAGAGCGAUGUGUACAGCUUCGGCGUUGUGCUGCUUGAGAUUCUUAGUGGAAGAAAAGGGUAUGACAAAGAUUACACGCCUCCUAGUAUUGUUGAGUGGGCCGUGCCACUCAUCAGCCGGGGAAAAGCAGCUGCUGUCAUUGAUCGAAAUGUGAGCCUUCCGAGAAAUGUGGAACCUCUGCUUAGAUUGGCCGAAAUUGCAGAGCUCACAGUAAGAGAAGAUCCUCAUGAGCGUCCUAUCAUGUCCGAUGUGGCUGCAUGGUUGGAGCAAAUUGUUAAAAGUGCUUGCUUCACAUAGUCGUUGAGUUCGAUCUCUGGAUAGCAAUAGGGUUUUUUUUUUACUUCUAAAGUUGAUGGGGUUGUAUAUUUGGCAUUGGAAAUAUUGAUCAUGGCCCUUAUCUUGAUAGGGCCCCAAACCAUCCUAUGCUGUCUGACUAUAAACCCCAAAUAUUCAGUGGGUUAUGCUCCAAACCACUUUUGUGGACUGUCACAUGCUCAGCAACAGAUAUUUGGGUAUCUCUGAAAGUGUUAAAUAUUACAUAAAACUUCACUUCAUGAGCAUGAUCUUUUAGGUUCUUGCUUGGUGCUCAGCGGUUUCUCCCUCUUCCUUUAGGCACUGUUUUGUCACCCUUGCAACUAUUGUGCUGUAAACUUCUCAUGAGCCUGUGUACUUGAUUAUUUUGCAUUCUUUUACCUCACAAAGUGAAGGUGAUUGUAAUUCUAGCGGCAGAUUUCUGUAUUCAUUGUAAUAAGACAUUUUUAAUUGUGCAUAAAGUGUGACACAAGAAACGGUGACACCCUUCCAAAUAA